AUAUCUCAUUGCAGUUUUUUCCUUUUUCUUUCAUACAGCCGUAACUUCCUUAUGAACACAGGCCAUGAUUCAUAUGAAAAAGUAAAUCAAAACGAUAAUUGCGAGCAAAAGCCGAAAGGUGACGAGCAAUAGCGGAAAGUGCGUGAUGACGCAAUACAAAGAAACUUUCUAUAGGGAUAAAACACGAUCCACUGAACCGACUCGAAAGCGACUAUUAGUAGCACUUAAAAUUUCAUUUUUAUAUUUUUGUAAAAUAAUAAAACAAACAAAUUACUCAUAUUGUUUGUAUUGUUAUUGAGAAUCGAAUUGCAGUUGCUAUAUUUAUUUAUAUAUUUUGACAGAAAUGUGUCUUCUAUAAUAAAAUCAUUUCAAGUUGAACAGUUGGCAUCAUCGGAAUUACACGUUACGAACUGUCAUUCGUUUAUACAAAUGUCACAAUAUAUUUUACACAUCAUCAUGUGAGAUUAGAAGAUGCACGUUAUACGUGUCGCAUGUCGUGGUGCUCAGAAUUUUAGUUAUAUUAUUAUUAUAAAAAAAUAUCACUGAGAAAGUCUCACAAUUUGUUCAAUACUCUACACACAAAAUAAGAAUAUUUUUUGACAUUGCAUACGUAUAAAAAUCGUACAAUGAAAACCUUGCUUUGUGGUCUGUUUCUGAUAAUCGCUCGGAUAGAGGCAAAAGAAGUUGAUUUAAAGCAUCUAAAAUGUUUAGUUUGUAGGGCAACCAUGAAUGAAAUAGAGGCAGAGGUAUUAAAGGCUAAUCCAAACAAAUUAGUUGACGUAGGUAAUUUUAGAAUGGAUGCUGAGGGAAAUACUAUACGUAAGAAGAUUCCAUUAGGCCAAUCUGAAGUGCAUAUUUUGAUUUUGCUGGACAAUAUCUGCGAUAAGUUGUCAGAUUAUGUGAGAGCAACGAAGAAGUCUAACAAUCAAUUAACAAUUUUUAAUCUCAUGUCUCCAUCAGGUGGAAUGAAUCCUAUGAUGAGUGAAGUAGAUAUAAUUCAGGAUGGUGACUUAAAUAAAAGCCUUCAACAUUAUUGUAGUACUAUAAUGGAUGAAUUUGAGGAAGAUAUAGUGUCGUUAUAUGUUGAUGGUGUAGAGAAUAAAAAAGAAGAACUUUGUUCGAGAAUUUCAAAUAUUUGCAAUGAGAAUUAUAUUGAUGAUGAUGAUUAUGAUAACAACAAUGAUAAUAAUAGUCAAGACAACUAUGAUUUAAAUUUUGACGAAAAGAGAGAUGAAUUAUAAAUGCAUUUAGGACAACUUUUAUAAGAAGUUUAUUGUUAAUAGAAAUUGUUAAAUCAAUUCAGCUUCUUCAUUGUGUAAAAGAAUUUUGUGAAUAACAAAUAUCUUGCAUUUACUGUUGUCAC